AUGUGUUUUUAGGGGUAGACACCCGUAUCAAGUUUUUGAGGUAGCUUUAGAAAACCUCUUUGUUGCGAUUUCUGUGAGGAAAUUGUUUUGCGCGUGAGGUGCUGUCGUCCAGAUUGUUUCUCUCGUGCUGAGCCGCAAGGUUCAAACCCUCUACUUCGUGUACAUCGCGUGCGCGGGCGAGAGAUUACUGCUCUGAAGGUGGAGUACCGUGAAAGAUCGGGCCGCAAUAACAGAUCGGAUCUUGUCAUCGAGGUUCGGUGAAUAUCAUCUUCGGCAUGAGCUCCUGCUGCAUGUGCCACACGGUGACGAGCCUCCUCCGGGAUCUCGGGGCGAACCCGACGGUGGUGGAACUGGACGAGGACUCUAGGGGGAAGGAGAUGGAGAAGGCGCUGGCGCGGCUCAUCGGCCGGAACCCUGCCGUGCCGGCGGUGUUCAUCGGCGGCAGGCUCGUUGGAUGCACCGACAAGGUCAUGUCCCUUCACCUCAGCGGCAAGCUUGUUCCACUGCUCCGUAAUGCGGGCGCGGUCUGGGUGUAGUGCGUGCGAGGACUUUGUAGAUAUUCGGCCUGAUGCAUUGGGCGCCAGAGAAUUAUGUAAUACACGUAUGUGUACGUGCUCUGUUAUCCUUUCCUGUAUCAGGUGAUG